UUUGCGCAUCUGCGUGCGGUCCGGUCGAGGUAGAUGACACGGACUGGGGGCAUAGCAGACCUCCUGUCAGCGGGGGACGAUAUUCGCUAUGGAUUAUGAAAACCUAUUAAACAUGCAACCGGAGAUCAAGGGAAAUCAGAACGGUUACAAAGACGGAGCCCAACAAAACACAGAAGCCGAAAUUGAACCUCUGCUAAGAGAGAACCCCAGGCGCUUUGUCAUCUUCCCCAUUCAAUACGAUGACAUCUGGAAGAUGUAUAAGCAGGCACAAGCAUCAUUCUGGACUGUGGAGGAGGUGGAUUUAUCGAAGGACCUGGUUCACUGGGACCGCCUGAAGCCCGAAGAGAAACACUUCAUCUCCCACGUCCUGGCUUUCUUUGCAGCGAGCGACGGCAUCGUGAAUGAGAACCUGGUCCAGAGGUUCAGUCAGGAGGUGCAGGUCCCAGAAGCACGCUCCUUUUAUGGGUUUCAGAUCCUCAUGGAGAAUGUGCACUCAGAAAUGUACAGCAUGCUAAUCAACACCUACAUUAGGGACCUCAAACAGAGGGACUAUCUGUUUAAUGCCAUCCAGACCAUGCCCUGUGUGAAGAGGAAGGCUGACUGGGCACUCCAGUGGAUCUCUGACAAGAAAUCUACAUUUGGGGAAAGACUGGUGGCCUUUGCAGCAGUGGAGGGGAUCUUCUUCUCUGGGUCCUUUGCAGCUAUCUACUGGUUAAAAAAGAGAGGCUUAAUGCCAGGACUCACGUACUCCAAUGAACUCAUCAGCAGAGAUGAGGGUUUGCACUGUAACUUCGCCUGCCUGUUGUACAGUUACCUUGUAAAGAAGCCUUCAGAGGACAGAGUGAAGGACAUCAUCACCAAAGCAGUCAGCAUCGAGCAGGAAUUUCUGACAGAGGCUUUACCUGUCGAUCUAAUCGGGAUGAACUGCUCCCUGAUGAAGCAGUACAUUGAGUUUGUGGCUGACCGUCUGCUGACAGAGCUGGGAUUGGUCAAGGUAUAUCAUACAGAAAACCCCUUUGACUUCAUGGAAUCCAUCUCGCUGGAAGGGAAGACCAACUUCUUUGAGAAGCGGGUGGCGGAAUACCAGCGACUGGGUGUGAUGUCAAACAUGAUGGACUGUGAAUUCACACUGGACGCAGACUUCUAGUUCUAGCUGGGAUUUUAACCUAUCCUAUUGGGAUACACUUUAGUUUAUUAUAUCAAAUCAAGAAGUAUUACAGAAGGUACUGUUACAUGUUGUUUGUUGCUACAAUUAACCCAGACAUGAAGAAAGGACAGUUUUCUGGGCUUGGUUUACACUAUUACAUAGGUGGUACACUAGUGGCCCUUUAUAGCUUCAUGAGUGGCUCCUAAGAUGGGUGUGAAGGGGGAAGAGAUAUUCAUUACGAAUCGGACAAAUGUUAUUCUUGGGUCUUGUGAAAGAAGUUCAGUUGUAUUACAGCACUGACAAAUAAUAUGGUAUUCUUGAGCAAGAGGUGUUCAGGGUGUCACUGUCAAUUCACCAGAAGCAUACAACCAGCAGAGCAAUGUUUAAUGUUUGGUAAAAUAGUCAUUCCAUCACCUUCCCUCUUGUGAAAUGGAAAUUAAAAAGCAUGCAGAAAUGAUUACAUGGAUAGUAACACUGGGCUGUUCUCAGGAUGCUAGCUAAAUGAAUCGGUUAUUUAAGUUUAUAAAAAAACAUAUAUUCUGUGGCCCUUUCACAUUGUCCUGCUGGCUUCUGUAGCUGCUCUGUGUGUGGUGGCCACCUCUAAUUAUUUGACUGACAGUAUGUUUCCAUUAAACAAAGUUUAUGUCGAUAACUGAUUUAACUGUUCAUUAGGCUUACUUUGUCAGUUCCGCUGCCUUAACUUUUUCUGUGACUACACAUGAAAAUUUGAUGGUUUACAAAUUAGGUUAGCUAGCUAAAAUUCAUUUUGACUUUUGUGAGUACACUUUCAUUGCAAUUCUCUGACUUUUUUGAAACUGACUAAAGAUACCUAAGGCACAACAAAUAUCCAAACUCAUUUGUAGAUACUCCAGUCAUUUUCCACUGUUGGUACACUAAUAGCGAGUCCUAAGGACCGUUUUGCAAGACUCCGCACAUAAAUGUCAUCAGUGAUUAUAUAUGCAAAUACCAUGUCAUAUAAUUUUUAAUUUAUCCGUCAGUCCUAAAUCUUGUAUAAAGGUAGACACAGGAAGUUCCUGUCAAAGCAAAGACAAUGGAACCUGAGAGAGAGGGGAAGAAUUAUGCAAGGGUGUCAAAGGACUACAAGGACAACAAACAUAUCUAAAGACACCCGAGCCACUGUUAUUGGUUAUGACAUAAACCAUGGGUUUUCCCGUGAUUG